AAACCAUGGCGACGUCGUUACCAGGAAACCUGCUUGGUAAUAUACAACCAUACGCAAUUCGUUCCAUAUCAUUUUCACGCACUUCACGUACUUCCUUUUAAUAUAUGUCCUGUACGGCGUUCCGAGCCUGCUUGUAACGCUGAGAAUUCUCCAAGCAAUUAUCACUCCGAAGGCAUGUUUUUCUUUGUGAUAGACUUCUUCGUGGUGCGAGUGCCACUUUCGGGACUAAUCACUGGCUGGUUGACAACGCUUCCACCUGGCCGAUACAUCACUGCAAUUUACGUACUAAACUUCUAUCUAUUUUACGUCAGUCUAUAUUCAGCAACCUUCCUGUCGAUAGUGAGAGCCACAAUCAUUUGCUUUCCUAUUGAAGGCGAC